CGAUAACCCAAAAGAAGUGCCCCAUGUCGAUGAUAAUGACGUUUGAUUUAUCUUGCUGGUUAUCUAUUAAAAGAAACUUAAAAAUCGGCAAUUGUUUUAUCAAAAAAAUAAAUCCCCCCAUUUAUGUAUGCAUCCUUUGAUCGACCUAUACAGAAACACCAUGAAUAAUUGCGUAAAAUAAGAGGUUCCUAAACAGGAGAGAUGAUAAAAAGAAAAAUAAAGAUGCAUGGAUCGAAAGAAUGGCAAAAUUACGGUCAUUUUGGUUGUAUCUUCAAUGACCGUAUUCUUUUGCCAACGAUCAUCAUUGUAAGAUCAUUUUUGGCAUGCAUUCACCUUCAAAUCUUCAUCCAGAUAGAACGAUCAUCAUCUUUUUACCACAACAAAACAAAUUUCGUCACUAAAAGAGUCUAAAUAAUUUAUUAAUAUCUCAAUCAUGACCUAGCUAGGGUCCAUCGUAUCAAUAUGUUCUUUUACAAAUUCAAACUUAAUCUUUUUGAUUUUUUGUGAAACUUUCCCGUCUUGUUAGUUUCAUCUAUACGAAAUAUGGGUGCGUGUUGUACAUGCCAAACGGGCUUGAGAUACCGAUCGGCACCCAUGGAUGACCAUCAUGCCAAACCAAAGGACAUCGAACCCGAGGAUAGCAACCAAGUUAUAGCCAUUGGCGAUUGUGGGGCUCGUAUAAGGUUACAAGGGUCUACAAAGUUUAUAUCCAUGUUCACUCGACAAGGACGAAAAGGGGUCAAUCAAGACGCGAUGACAGUUUGGGAAAACUUUGGUGGCAAAAGGGAUAUGGUCUAUUGCGGUGUAUUUGAUGGACAUGGUCCAUUUGGUCACAAAGUAUCGUGUUAUGUACGCAAUACUUUGCCAUCAAAACUCUCAUGGCUAUUUAGAGAUUCCGAUAUUCAUGGAAAAACUUGUUCCCAUCAUGGUCAUGGUUCUAAGAAAAAGGUGAUAAAUAUAGACGAUAGUAAAGAUCCCGUUCUUUCUUCGUGGAAAAAGAGCAUUGUUGAAUCGUUCAAAGAAAUGGAUGAAGAUCUUGAAGCAAAUAAGAGCAUAGAUAGCUACGGUAGCGGCUCUACAUCGGUAUCUGUAAUUAAACAGGGCAAUAACUUGAUAAUCACAAACUUAGGAGAUUCUCGAGCACUCCUUUGCACAAGAAAUGGGAAUCAACUUCACACAUUCCAACUAACGGUUGACUUAAAACCUAACACUAAAGGCGAAUACGAAAGAAUAAAGAGUUGUGGUGGGAGAGUACAAGCAAUGGAACAUUAUGGACUUAUAUGUAUUCCAAAUAUAUACUACCAUAAACUAACGGACAAAGAUGAAUUUGUGGUAUUAGCGACGGAUGGAGUGUGGGAUGUGCUCACAAACAACGAGGUGGUAAAAAUAGUCGGAUCUGUAAGGAACCGAUCAAUGGCGGCAAGAUUUCUAAUAGAUAACGCGAUGCGAGCUUGGCGACACAAGUAUCCAUCUUCAAAAACCGACGAUUGUUCGGAGAUAAAAGUUCGAGAAAGGCAACCAAGAAAGCACAACUUCUCAAGUGAAGGGCAUGUGAAAGAUCGAUUGAUGGACUCAGAUGAAGAACAAAGUGGAUUUCGAUGUGUAUACAUAGGAAUUUCACGUCGAUUUCACUUUAAUAUAAACUCGGAGUUAACGGUUUUCACGAGAGAAGUUCACUCAUAUCAUGAUCCUUAA